UGUUCACCCGACUUUGGUAUUGAAGACUUACUUCUGGUUCAACAAAGUGUUUGAAAAAUAAACAACCGUUAUGCAUUUCAAAAGUGCCGUUAUCCUUUGCAUGUUGUACUUUGUGACCGUAACACAGAGCGCCGGAAUCAAUGAGCGGCAAGCCAAGGAUAUUGUUUCUUUAUUUAAAGACUACGAAACAUAUAAAAACGAAAUUCCCAAGCAAAUUAUCUUGGAUCUUGGACUAAAACUUGGCAUGAAAUCCAUGUCGCAUUUUACGUACAACACAGAUGUGUCGGACGCUCAUAAAGCACAAGAUCUUUUGAUACUUCUGGCCGAUAACGAUAAGAGUUCUGACUCCUGGCAGAAACAAAAUGUAUCAUCCUUCGAAGUAACAAUUAUUGUGACAGUGUUCAGAAAAUUUGACCAAAAGCGUAACAACGAUGGUCUUAUUGACUACGAAGAAUUAAAAGACCUCAUUGCUAGUUUAAGUCUAGGACAAAAGUUCAAAGAUGAUUUAGCAGGCCAAUUUAGCACAAAUGACAAAACAAUUAACGCCGCGGAGUUGGUGAAAUCCUAUUUGGAAGUAAAACCUCAAGACGGAAGUCUAGACAAGAUACACAUUGACGAACUGGCCAAAUUAAAAGAAAACAAAACAGGCAAUCAAAUUAAUCCUUUAGGAAUAACAGACUUUUUCAUAAAGUUAUCUAUAGUCGGAGAAGACCUCAAGGACCUUUUGAGCUUUACUACAACUCGUCAAGCUGCUUUGGAGUUGCAAGAACUGUUGGUUGUCAUUGCAGAAUACAGUAAAGGAGAAAAAGUAAGUUUGAUAAUUUGA